UUUCUGCCACUUUCACAGUUCCUGCAAACAAACUCUUGCCCUCCCAGUUUGCUAAGAGAACCCCAAGAGUUUAAUGGCAUCCAACCAAAACCUCAGAGAUCUCCAAUGGGCUCUUCAAACAAUCAAGUCAGAAAGCAAAAACCUGCACAGCAUUUCCUUCUAUCUUUCCCAGCCUGUUUCAAACUGUUACCAAGAAUCAGACAAUUCCAUGAACAUAAACAUCUCAAGAAACAAAGACAGCCUCUCAUACUUCUCACAGCUUCUGACAGUAAUAGGGGAAGCAAAGAAUACCCAAGCAUCUCUCAGGAACUUGGAAUUCCAUGGAGUUGAAUGGGAGCUAAUACAACUGCAAAGUCUCCAUGCUUUGCUUGAGAAGAACUUGAACAUCAAGCAAAUGGUGUUCAGGAGGAACAGAUUCAGUAGGGAGGGUCUAAUGGAGCUAGCUGAAAUGGUGAAGAACAAUAGAGGAAUCAAAGAAGUCAUCUUAUCUGAGUCUGCUAUUGGAUCCAUUGGGGCUGGGUUCAUUGCUUCUGCUUUGAAGAUGAACGAGACCUUAGAAGAGUUGCAGAUAUGGGAGGACUCAAUUGGGUCGAAAGGGGCUGAGGAGCUCUCAAAAAUGAUCGAAGUUAACUCGACCCUGAAGCUCUUGAUAAUCCUUGAUUCACACUUGAUCACAGCGACCCCAUUGAUCUCUGCUGUAUUAGCAAGGAACCGGGCAAUGGAAGUUCAUGUCUGGAGUGGAGAAAGUGGAGAAAAAACCACCAAAGUAGUAGAAUUUGUACCCGAGAAUAGCGCGCUUCGCAUUUACAGGCUUGACCCAUCAGGCUCUUGCAGGGUUGCUUGUGCUCUUGGAUGGAACACAACAGUCAGGUCCCUAGAUAUGACUGGAAUUCGGUUGAAAUCGAGGUGGGCUAAGGAGUUCCGAUGGGUUUUAGAACAGAACCAAAGUCUCAAAGAGGUGAACUUAUCAAACACUUGCCUCAAGGACAAGGGAGUUGUCUAUGUUGCAGCAGGGCUUUUCAAGAACCAAAGCUUGGAAAGCUUAUACCUUGAUGGUAAUUGGUUUAGUGGAGUGGGAGUUGAACAUUUGCUUUGCCCAUUGAGCAGGUUCUCAGCUCUGCAAUACCAAGCAAACACAACACUGAAGUCGGUAACUUUUGGAGGAGGGAGAACCAGGAUUGGAAGAGAUGGGCUCUCUGCAAUCUUGCAAAUGCUCACAACCAACCAAAGCUUGGUUCGUUUCGGAAUUUAUGAUGAUGAGAGCUUGAGACCAGAAGAUUUUAUCAGAAUCUUUAAAAGCUUGGAGACGAAUGCCACCCUGAGAUUCUUGUCAUUACAGGGUUGCAAAGGGGUUCAAGGGGAGUUGAUGUUGCAGACAAUAAUGGAGAUAUUACAGGUUAAUCCUUGGAUAGAAGAUAUCAAUCUCAACAGGACACCUCUGCAGAAUUCUGGGAAAGCUGACAUGAUUUAUCAGAAACUAGGCCAGAAUGGGAAGUUGGAACAAGAUAUUGAUUUACUCAAGGACAUGCAAUUGAUGGCACCUAAGAGUUGCAGAGUGUUCUUCUGUGGGCAAGAAUUUGCAGGCAAAACUACACUUUGUAAUUCAGUAUCACAGAACUUCUCUUCUUCAAAGCUUCCUUACUUGGACCAGGUUAGAACUCUGGUGAACCCAGUUGAACAAGCUGUGAGAACGGGUGGAAUCAAAAUUAAGACUUUCAAAGAUGAGGACACCAAGAUUUCAAUAUGGAAUCUGGCGGGUCAGCAUGAAUACUAUGCCCUUCAUGAUCUCAUGUUUCCUGGGCAUGGAAGUGCUUCAUUCUUUCUGAUCAUAUCCAGUUUGUUCAAGAAGCCCAACAACAGAGAACCGAAGAACUCUGGAGAGAUAGAAGAAGACCUCUUGUAUUGGCUGAGGUUCAUAGUCUCAAACUCAAGAAAAGCUGGGCCACAAUCAAUGCUACCAAACGUGACUGUAGUCCUCACUCACUUAGACAAAAUCACUCAACCUUCAGAGAAUUUGCAGGUUACUGUACGCUCAAUUCAGAGAUUGAGAGAGAGAUUCCAAGGUUUUGUCGAGUUCUAUCCAACUGUAUUUACAGUUGAUGGAAGAUCAACUGGUUCAGUGAGUAAACUUGCUCAUCACGUUCGAAAGACAAGCAAGACCAUACUCCAAAGAGUUCCCCAGGUUUAUGAGCUCUGCAAUGAUCUAAUGCAAAUUCUUUCAGAUUGGAGGUCAGAGAAUUACAACAGGCCAGCAUUGAAGUGGAAGGAAUUUUGUGAUCUGUGUCAGGUUAAGGUUUCAGCAUUGAGAAUCCGAUCAAGGCGUGAUAGUGUGGAGAAGGUGGAGAUGAGGAGGCAGACGGUCGCAAAAUCUCUUCAUCAUAUUGGUGAGGUGAUCUAUUUUGAAGAUCUAGGAUUUUUAAUCUUAGAUUAUGAGUGGUUCUGUGGGGAGGCUCUUGGCCAACUGAUAAAAUUAGAUGUAAGAAGGCAAGGCUCAACUGAGAAUAAUGGAUUUGUGAGCAGAAGAGAGCUGGAGAAGAUUCUUAAAGCAAGUUUACAGAGUUACAUCCCAGGAAUGGGUUCAAAAGUUUUUGAGAAUUUGGAGGCAAGUGAUCUUGUCAAAAUGAUGCAGAAACUUGAAUUGUGUUAUGAACAAGAUCCUGGGGAUUCAAAUUCUCUGCUUCUGAUUCCUUCUAUUCUUGAAGAGGGUAGGGGAAGGUCACAACGAUGGCAAAUAAGCACACCCAGCUGCAUUUAUGUGGGGAGGCAUCUUGAGUGUGUUGAUUCAAGCCACAUGUUUCUCACUCCUGGCUUCUUUCCUCGUUUGCAGGUGCAUCUCCACAACAAGAUUGUUGGGUCAAUGAAUCAGCAUGGAGCAACUUACAGUCUGGAGAAGUAUCUCAUCUCAAUAACCAUCAAUGGCAUAUAUGUUAGAGUGGAGCUUGGAGGGCAGUUGGGAUACUUCAUUGAUGUCCUAGCAUGCUCCACAAAGAAUCCAACAGAAACUCUCAAACUAUUCAGGGAGCUCAUAAUCCCAACAAUCCAGAGUCUCUGCCAAGGUGUGACCUUGACUGAGAAUAUUCUCCGGCCGGAAUGUGUGAAAUGUCUGACCCCUCCCAGAUACAGGAAAACACAGUUCAUGCCUCUCCAACGGUUAAAACAGGCACUGCUCUCAGUUCCCGCAGAUAGCAUGUAUGAUUAUCAGCAUACUUGGAGUUCAGUAUCAGAUGGAGGAAAACCAAUUUUAGGAGCUGGGUUCGACUAUGCCAGGGAUCUCCUAUCAGAUGAUGACUUCCGAGAAGUACUGCAUCGACGAUAUCAUGACCUCUACCAUCUUGCUGUGGAACUGGCAGUCACACCAGAAAACAACCCUGAUGAUCCAAACCCUAAUUCAGCAGCAGCAGGUGAUGAACCAGAUGGAACAGUGGAACCAACAUUUGCCGGAAUUGCCAAGGGUGUUGAAGCAGUUCUUCAGAGGCUGAAGAUAAUUGAACAGGAAAUCAGAGACUUAAAACAGGAGAUACAAGGGCUGCGAUAUUAUGAGCACAGAUUAUUGACUGAGCUUCAUCGCAAAGUGAAUUACCUUGUGAAUUACAAUGUUCAACUUGAAGAAAGAAAACUACCACACAUGUUCUACUUUGUAAAAGCAGAGAACUACUCCAGAAGACUUGUUACCAGCAUAUUUUCUGGCAUGUCGGCACUGCGUCUUCAAAUGCUAUGUGAAUACAGGCGAGAAAUGCACGUGGUCGAAGAUCAGAUAGGGUGCGAUCUGAUGCAAGUUGACAACAGUGCUGUAAAGUGCUUAGUUCCGCAUAUGAAGAAAUUCAUGACACUGUUAACUUUUGCGCUAAAGAUAGGAGUCCAUUUAGCAGCAGGGAUGGGAGAGAUGAUACCCGACUUGAGCAGGGAAGUUGCUCACCUUGUUGACUCUUCACUUCUUCAUGGGGCAUCUGGGGCGGGGGCAGCUGGGGCGAUGGCAGCUGGAGCAAUGGGGGCUGCAGCUAUUGGACGGAUGCAGGGAGCAAGACAGAGAGGUGGAGAAAACUCGAGGGACUUUCAACAAAAUUUAAGAAUGGCUCAGCAAUGGCUUGUGGAUUUCUUAAAGGAUCAAGGAUGCAUAACAGGAAGACAGAUUGCUGAGAAGUUUGGCCUCUGGAGAGUGAGAUACAUAGAUGAUGGGCAGAUUGCAUGGAUUUGUAGGAGGCAUAUGCAAAUAAGAGCGAAUGAAGUAAUUGAAGUGCCUAUUUGAAACGAAGGGAAGGGCAAGGCAGAAUGUCCAAUAAAAGAAACUUCAAUUCUGCCCCCUCAUGUCUCAGGCUUUUCAAGUUUCUGUUAGAUAUGUAUUUCAAUAACCAGGAUUCCAAGUCAGUUCAAACAAAAAUUAGCCAAACAAAAGAAAGAUCUGAAGGGAAUUGGAUAAACUUGUAUUGACUCCAUUGUAUCCUCAGCUUUAAAUAUGUAAGAAUAGAGUAAAGCUAAUUAUCGCU